AUGAACCUCAUCCAGGCGUUGAUCUUGGGCUUCUUGCCCCAAAGUCUUGCCUUUGCUUAUGGUGGAGGAUUGCCCGGGCUGGGGAAGAGGCGUGCUCGAGUGCAGACCCGGCCUUGUGUGCAAGGCUGCGGGUGUAUCUCUGACUUUGGGACCGUGGACGGAUUUAUAGACUGCAUCAACGGAGUCCAGAGAGACGUGGACAUGCGGCUGGCCCGAGAGAGCUCAGUGUCUAUCACGACUCCCCAAACCACGCCCACUUCCACUUCCACUUCCACCAAGGCGAAUAAGUGUAACGACAAAGGCGGUCCCUGCGACUGCGACUACAUCCAAGAUAAAAACAGUGAUGAAUACAGGCAAUGCCUCAACAAUCCCGACUGCGAGCGCUGCUAUUUCACGGCGACCUGGACACCAACAACUACACCGACCACCAUCCAGAGCUCGUCGAUCUCGCUGAUCUCAAUUACUAUAUCCAUUCCCAUCACAAAGACGCCAAUACAACCGUCUUCAUCUUCCUCGUCAACGACGUCGUCCUCCACAUCCCACACAACCACUGGCGCCCCUCCACUACCCAACAACUGCUAUAUCGGGGGCCCCUGUGACUGCAGCUUGAUCCCGGACAAGAAAAGCCCAGACUACAUCCGCUGUAUUUCGAACCCGGCCUGUGAGCACUGCUUCCUCAACAACGGUACCUUGACCACACGACCGAGCACGCUCAUUACUCAACCAACAACUCUGGACCUCACGUCCAUUUCUUCAACGGCGCAGGGAACGGCGUAG